UGUUUCUGCAUUUACGUCUGAUAACAUUUCUCAUAAUUUCUGCCCCCUGUGGGUCUGCCUACCAAGGACUGUGUUUGGAGGAGUUGUGCUCACCCACAGCGGGAAAACAAAGCGCCCUCCCCAAACCGUUUGCGUUGUUAUGGAGACCUACUUCGUGUACGGAAAUAGUGAUACUACUCACGGUAGCAACUUUGUAAAAUAUUUAUGCAUUUUGUGAGUUCAUCAGGUAAACCGUCGUGUUCACUCAUUUGUCUUUUGUUGCUGAACAGUCUGCAGUGAAUCAGAAUUAACAGUUGCUGACAAUCAAAUGCCAACAUGAAUUCACUGUAGGAACUGUGGCUCAGCCUGGAGGAAAUAUGGACCUCUAGGAGUGGGAUUUGAAGCAGUGUACUGUUUCAUAAACACAGUAAUGAACAGCACAGCACAGUAUUCGUGCAUAUGCAGAGGGUGUCAUUCAAGUACCAUAUGUCAGGACUAUUGCAGCUGCCAGCCAAUCUCCUCAUCAUACCAGUGUCCUGUGCUUUGCUUGCCACCACAACAGUAUGGUGUGGUAGUAAUGAACGAUUGGCCACUGACAGAAAUCACUGAGGGAGUGUAGCUACAGAAAGGAGCUGGUGUUGUGGCCAUUCAAGGUAGGUGGAGUGAAGUUAAAGAAAAAGAGAAAGAAAAAGAAGAGGAGGAAAUGACACUUUGCCUGUAUGAGUGUCUGAGGGCAGUUGGGCUGCAGGGUCACUAUGCCAGGUUUACCUCAGUGGGUGUUCGUCGCGCAGCCCACCUUUCCGAGCUGACCAUGGAGGACUACCCCAUCCUGGGAAUCAGCUCUAUGGAGGACAGGACUCGACUCUUCCAGCUUGUCCAAAUGGUCAAAACUCUUGACUUGGAGAGCCUUGAAUAUGAAGAUCGUGAUCAUUAUGCAGAUACUGGCGGUGGUGAUGAAGGCUACGCUGUGGCAGAUAGUAUCAUUACUUAUGAUGGUUGUGGAGAUCCUGAUGAAGAUGUAUAUGAUGAUGAGGAUGAGAAGGGUGCUGCUGCGAGUAAGCUAAAUGCAUCGAGUUUUUCCAAACCAUCAUGUGUUCGCAGGCGGCUUGAUUUUAGUUCUGAAAACAUCGAUCAUCAUCAGAAGCUACUUUCUCAUCCAGUAGGCACUGUUCAUGUCUCUGCAAGUCAUAAUAGAAGCAAUGAGCCAGGCCAAGGAUCAGCCUUACCUGUGCAGCUUGAGCUUGACACUGCACAUGCGGUGAUAUGUAGCUGCAAAGGGAACAACAACCACAGGCCAGAUGUCCAUAGUCAUCAAUUUGAUCAUCACACAGUACCAAAAACCAAGCCAGACAUCGUGGAAGGAAUUUCUGUGUACAGCUCCCACACAAGAUCACCACCAAAGUGUGCCUCAUCCUGCAAACCAAGACCCAGGCCUUCAGCAGUGGCAUCAAAGAGGUUUAGCAACAAACCAGUGGGGCACAAAGAUAGAAAAGGAAUCUCUAAAAAGGAAAAACUCUAUACAGAAAUCAGCAGUAACAACGCUUCUGAACACAUGACUAAGGCAACACCUGUUUAUGAAUCCAGGACAACAGCUGGCUACAACUAUGGACUACCACUGUGUUCCCCUCCUGCGCCAAACAAAAAGCAACCAGGGGGACAGCGCAUCAGUGUGUGUGUGAGGAAAAGACCUCUGACACGCACAGAGUGGAGGGGAGGAGAGGAAGAUGUUGUGACAACGCCAACUGCUGACUGUGUGAUUGUCCAUGAAAGCAAAGAGGCUGUGGAUCUCACACAGUACAUACUACAGCACAGGUUCUACUUUGACCAGGUUUUUGGGGAGGAGAGCACCAAUGAGGAGGUGUAUCAAAGAACAGCAUAUCCCCUGGUGCAGCAUAUGCUCAAUGGGGGCAAGGCCACCUGCUUUGCAUAUGGGCAGACAGGUGCAGGGAAGACUCACACCAUGUUGGGUUCAUCUCCUGGGAGACAGGGGUUGUAUUCAUUGGCAGUUCGGGACAUUUUUGCUCACCUCUCCACCACACACACAUGCUCGCCCUUGCUGGUGUAUGUCAGCUUCUUUGAAAUCUACUGUGGUCAGCUGUAUGACCUGUUGGACAACAGGAAAAGGUUAUUUGCCAGGGAAGAUGGACAGAAGGUGGUUCACAUUGCUGGGCUGCGUGACGUCAGAGUGGACUCAGUUCGAUCACUGCUGGAGGUGAUUUCACAGGGUACAGAGGAGCGCACACAGGGGAUGAGUGGAGUGAAUCCACUCUCCUCUCGCUCCCAUGCCUUACUUCAGAUUCAGCUAAGAGGUCCAAACCAGCAGAUAGCUGGUAGAAUGUGGUUUGUGGACCUGGCAGGAAGUGAGAGGGCAUCAGAUACCAAAGAACCAGACAGGCAGAGUCGCAUGGAGGGGGCGGAGAUUAACCAGAGUCUGUUGGCUCUUAAAGAAUGUAUCCGGUCCCUUGAUCAAGAGCAAUCACACACACCUUUCAGACAAAGUAAACUGACUCAGGUUUUGAAAGACUCGUUUGUUGGUGACUCAAUGACAUGCAUGAUUGCCAACAUUUCACCUGGUCACUUAGCAACUGAACACACACUUAAUACACUGAGAUACGCGGAUCGGGUGAAGGAGUUGAGGGGACAGGGAGGACUAAGAGGAGGAAGAAGAGGCAAGACAAUACCCUCCCCCAAACGUAACCUGUCCAACAGCAACAGCAGCAGUGGAGGCAGCAGUGUUGGCGUCAGAGGGAAAAGUCCCCCUAAAAAGCCAAAAUUAGGGAGACAAAGAGAGACUUUUGGCCCCACCACACCUACCACAAAGUUGGCCCCAGGGGGCUCAAUUCUCUGCUCCACACCCAAGAACAGCAGAUGGGGAGAGGAAACAAGUACAAAAGCAAGAGCAAGCAAGGGGUUUGGACAAAUUACACCAAUCAGAGGUUUUCUGGGAAUAAGUGAUAAGAUGGAGAGGAGGGAGGGAGCAGGUGGGAGGGAAGGUAGAAGAAGAGAAAGGUAUGAAGGAACUGACAGUGCAGGUCAAUCAACUGAGGGCCACAAUGUCAGAGCAGGGCCGGUCUUAGAACAAGCAACAGAUGAGCAGAUUCACUCGUGGGAGGUACAGAGGGAAUCUGGAUUCUGCCAUAGAGAAAAGGAGAACCAAAGCACUUUGAAAGGGGGAAGAGAGGGGGAAAGAAGAUGGAUAGAACAGAGAGGACAACUGGAAAGCAUUAGAGACAACUGCGGUGAAGUAGAAAGGCAAAGGGAAAGAGAUUUACAAAAGGUUGAUGAAAGAGAUGAGAGGGAGAGGCACCUGAGAUGGUAUCAUCAGCAGCUGCAGCAGUUUAUGCCUUCAUCUGCUUCUUCAUCUGACCAUCUCUUCUCAUCCUCUACAUGUCCGUCUUUCUCUUCUUGUAAUCAGGCCUCUCUCUCUUCCUCUGUCUCCCCGUCUUUCUCUUCUUCUCUCCAACACUGUUCCCACCUCUCAUUGUCUCCCCUUAUGUGUCAUGGUUUGGAAGAUAUUUUAGAUGUGUACAGAGCCAGGGUUGAGGUUAGGGCUAAUGGUAGCAGAAGACAGUUAUCACCCCUUCCCAGUGGAGAGAUUUGCUUACAAACUGAAACCUCCCCAAGCUGCAAUAAAAAUAAGGAUAAGGUUGGGCAUGGUGAUUUAUGUGGUACUGGUGAAGAUUGGAGGGUAUCUUGGGAGGGAACUGGGGCAGAAUUUGGACAAAACAGAGGUAAAACUAAGAAGAGGAGGUCACUGAAGGCAACAAGUACACAAGGAGGGGUAGGAGUAAAGAGUGAAGACUGUAGGCCAGCUGGGGUGGAAGGAGGAGGAGAAAGGAGGUGGGCUUGGGUGGCAAGAGCGCAGACAGAACAGGCAGACGAGAUGACAGCUGCAAGGCCAGCUGAUGUAGAGGCACUAGUGUCUUACAAGUGUGUUUCAGAAGUGGGGGAGGAAGGACUAGAUGCCUCAGAUGUCCCGACGGACAGGAGUACUGGGGAGCGAGAAGGAGCUGAUGGCUACAGUUUAGUGUCCACGCACAGCAAUAAUGACAGCAACAGCCUCUUUAACCACUUGCCUCUUGAGUCAUCCCAUCAACGAGCUCCAGCAGAACGACCCCUCUCCCCAGCCUGUGAACAUACCAACACACUCCUGACCCCUAAUGAACUCAGUGGUCUCCCCCUUAAAUUAAAACAUACCAGAUACAACUCAGACAUCCUGCCUCUACCACUGCAAAAUGCCCAACAGGGAGUGCCAAGCAGCUGUAGGGCAAAGGAACCAUGGUUUGCUGCUAAUGCAAAUAGAAGAGAAUUGUCCAAUGCUCAAUCAGUCACUCUAUGUCCCCCUACUCGCAACACACAGAAUGGAUGUAAAAUACCUAGGGAGCCCCUUAAUAUAUUAUCUGAAAAUCAGAUUAACCAUUCACAAGUAAAAGCCAAAAUGUCCAUUUUACCCCAAGAAGAGACUUCUACAAAUUCUCUCAGCUAUAUCAUGGACCCCCUCAGCAUCUCCCUGCUUCAAGUGGAUCAACAGGUCGCCACAGACUCGUUCCUCCAAGGGCAACAGAACAACACAUCAUUCUGUCUGCUUAAGAAUGAAAGGGGAGAAGAUAAUAGAAGGGAAGUGGAAAAAGAGACCCACCGCCCUCCCAAACCCCAAAGCACACCAGCUAUUGAAGUCAUGGGCAGCAAAGCCCCUGCAACCCACUUUAAGCCCUCUACAUGUACUUCUAUGGAAACUUCUGUCAUGCAGUCCAUCUCAUCCUCUAUCCAGCACUCUAUGAACACUGGUUCACUUAGCUCACACAGUCUAAUGACAAAUGGUGCCACCCAAUUGCCACAGAAAUAUGCACACAAUGUGCACAACAAACAUGAUUUUUCCAUUUCUACACCACAGUCAGAAAGUGUCUUGGGCCAGUUGAACACAUUGCCAAAGCAGUGUCAAACAGAACUUCCAAACCAUUCUCCAAACUCAGACAUCUCACUCCAACCAAAUGGUCCUACAGAAUCUAAUAUUCAAGAGAGCUCCAACAAUCAGCAAAUUAGACCCAUAAUCCGUCUGUCUACGCUGAAAGACUUGGAUUAUGACCAUUUGAGGUCCUGUGUUGUCCAGGCCCAUUGGAUGCAGCGAGAAGAGAUGGAAGCUUUAUGUCGUAAAGAGGCGACGCUUCUGUGCCAGCAGCCUAACAUGGCAUUUGGGGAGUAUGUCCACAAGCUGGGAGAGAUCAUGGAGAGAAAGGCUCAGUGUGUCCACAGCAUGAUAUCUCACCUGCAGCCAUAUCUUAAGACCAGUCAUUCUAACCAACCACACAACCACGGAGAAGAUAAUCGUGAUUAAAUUAAUUGAAUAAACUAAUAUAUUAAGCACUAAUAUUUGCAUUUUUUUAUGCACAUACAUUGAAGAAAUGCCAUUCUUUAUGAGUGCACUAGAUACAGUAUUGGUAGUAUGUUUUUAUUUUAUAAACGGUUCAAGAAACUUAAGCUUUAAGAGUUCACAGGACAUAUAUCACUUGAUGGUCUGCAGAUUGGUGUGUGUGUGUGUGUGUGUGUGUGUGUGUACUUGUGUGUACGUGUGUUUGUGUUUCUUUCCUAGAUGCAGGUUUGUGGGGGUUUUUUUUCCCCUCGGUGCUGUAUAGAUGCCAAUUCAGAUCCAUAUAGUAUAUUAUGAAAUUCAUACAUAUUUAGUUAUUUUAAUCACAAUUUGUUACAUCCAUCUUUAGCUGUAGAUGUAUUACACUGCUGUGUAAGUGCAGAUGACAGGUCUUUAGAAAUGAAGUUAUUUUAAUAGCUGCUAUUUAUGUGCUGUAUAUUGUAUCUUAUAAUCUGAUAUUCUGACUAAUAUUUUUCCUCAGCUUUGGUCUUUCUUGUUUUUUUGGUUUUUUUUCUUGGUCUUAAUAACUACUAAUAUUGAGUUGUUGUUUUUUUUUUUACAUGAAAGUCACAGCAUGUGAUCAUUUUGAGAUAUGACCUUGAUCAAAUCUUUCAGUUUGUAGUUUUAGUCUAAUCUUAGUCUGUGUUUUACCUAACCAGAUUGUCCAGCAAACCAGCCCAGCCUGAUUAGGGUUGGUCUUCUGUUGAAUAUGGUCUUGAUUGAAGUUCUGGCUCUGGAAUGAAAAUACACUGAACCAACUUGCUUUGCUAACCUGCUUUAACUUAAGCUCAUGUGUCUAAUGAGCUGUUUACUUGGCAGGUGGCAAAUUGUUUGUUCUGGUUCUCAAUUUAUUCACACUUUUUUGUGAAUAAAUUGCAAGAUUGUUUUAGUAUUCUGAUAAAAGAUUGUGACACUUGUAAAGCAAUGAGACUAUUUGUGUAUUCACAUGAGUUGAUACAGCUUCAGAAACACAGUUCUCAGGGUUGAAAUAAAUUUGAAUGAUAAUCAGAUGA